AUGUCAGUUUCUACAUUUGUAGGCUUUGAAUUCCCCAGUUUUGAAAGUGCUCAUCCUGAAAUGUUGGGUCGGUGGGGGAGGGUGGAAAGGUGGGAUAGGGUGGUGGGUGAUUGUGUUGUUGAAAUUCGUGGGACCGAAGGAGGAGAAGCUGUGUACAAGGGAGUUGUGGAGGGAAGUGAAAAUCAUCAAAUGCACAACUGCCAUAAACGAACAAACGGCUACCUUGACACUCUAAUAUGCGAAAAAAGGAAAUGUGAUAUCUCCUCAACAAUGCUUUCCCGGUUGGUUUCUUGGAUCUUGUCGCCCUCCUCUUCUGAAGAAGAAGAAGAAAUCCUUGACAUCAUCAAAGAUAAUGACAUUAACCAUGAAAACGACCAAAAGUUCAACGUAGAAGAUGACAAGAACGACCAUUUUCUUAACUCAUGCGAUGUGGACGACACCAUUCCCAUUGCACUUGCCGUUCCCAAUGCCUCCCCCGCCGUGACAGUGGCCUUCCCGGCCAAUGACGAAAGAAACACCGUCCCAACCACCGCCACUGUGGCCACUAUAGUAACACGCUCAAAAGGGCAGCGCAACGCCAAGUAUUCCGGAAUGGUGAGACAAUACCAAAGGCUGUGGACGAAGGAGGAUGAGAUGGAACUGUUGAAGGGAUACCUUGAUUACGUCAAGCAGCAUAGAAAGGAAACCACCACCCUUCAAAACGUCGUAGUUUCAUUGUAUGAUCACGUAAGGCCCAAACUAAACAUCGAUUUCAACAGAAACCAGCUUGUUGAGAAACUGCGUAGGUUAAAGAGAAAACACAAGUUGGCUUUGGGAAAAGGCAAGGACAAGGAGGUUCCCUUUAGGAACCCCCAGGAGCAGGCCAUUUUUGAAAUUUCCCACAAGAUUUGGGCCAAUGACACAGAUAAUAUAAUAGUCCAAGAUGCCUUGGAUGGUGAUGAAUCAGGACACACUCCUGAAAGUCAUGAUCAUGUUGGCAACGUCAAGGUGAAGAUUGAACAAGUUGACAACAGUGAUGAAAUAGGCAAUAGAGUGCCAAAGCGGUUGCGGCUAGAUGAUGCAGACGAUAUGAACAGAACAAAUGACCAGAACAAUGGUGAUAGCAUACAAGGCUUCAUUGAGGACACCAUGAGGUCCUGUUUCUCACCAUUGCUGAAGGAAGUGUUGGAUGAAGCACAGGAAGAGUCACUUCCUGAGUUGGAGGCAAUCCCAAUGCCGCUAUGCUCCGGGGAAGUGGACCAUGAACAAUGGAGAAAACGGAGGAUUUUGGAGUUGGAGGUGUAUGUGAAGCGGUUGGAGUUGUUGCAGAAUCAGAUCAAGUCUAGAUUGGAAGAGUUGCGAUCUAGCUGA